GCAAGAACUCCUCCUCGAAGCACAAAGUGAAUCAGAAUCAUGUCCACCAAAAGCAUUGCCAUUAUUGGAUGUGGAGGUAUGGGCCUGGCCAUCGCUCGACGCCUUGGUGUUGGUAGACGACUAUUUGUGGCCGACUUCUCGGAUGAAAUUCUCUCUGCGGCCCAGGAAACAUUAACAGACGAGGGUUACAUGGUUGAAAUAUCUCAGGUGGAUGUGUCUGAUUAUGAGUCUGUCCGUCGCUUUGCACAUGCCGCUGCAUCGCAUGGGCCCAUCGAAGCAGUUAUCCAUACGGCCGGCUUGUCCCCAUCCACAGGCUGUGCACAGAAGAUCCUUGAAGUAGAUCUUCUCGGUACUGCCAACGCUCUUGAUGCUUUCUUAGAGGUGGCGCAGUCCGGAACGAGCAUGGUCUGCAUCGCGAGUAUGGCUGGUCAUAUGGGCUCAGGUUUGCCAUCAGAGCUAGAACGUCAUCUCGCGACAGCGCCUAGGGAUCGGUUGUUAGAGCAUGACGCUCUGAAGAUUGACGCGGCCGAUCCUCAUGGCCCUGCACGGGCCUAUGGUCUGUCCAAGCGUGGGAAUUUACUACGCGUCCAAGCUUCAGCUAAAGCAUGGGGUCGCGUUGGUGCGAGAGUCAAUUCCGUUUCUCCCGGCGUCAUCUCUACAAGCGCCGGGCGCCAGGAGAUCGAUGGCCCAGCUGGAAAGUUCAUAGCUCUGAGUCCUGUUGCUCGCGUUGGAACACCGCAGGACAUUGUGAAUGCUGUCUCAUUCUUGGCUAAUGCAGAAUCAUCUUUCAUCACAGGCAAUGACAUCCUCGUGGACGGUGGGGUCGUGUCGUCGGUAAAAUGGGAUACCAUGAAAGCCUGAACAUCAACUACUAUCAGCGACAGAAAUUUGACAGUGGAUGUCUUUAAUUCUCUCUAUGCUGGGUUCAGUC